AUGUUUGUGGGUCAGUAUGUCAGCAAUAGUGUGCGGCAGAAAACCUCUGGAGAAUUGAUGGCAAUAGAGCAGAGGCCAGAUGAGUCUUUGAGGGAUUUUAUUAGGCGAUUUAAUAAUGAGGCAAAUACAAUCCCAAAACUGCAACAAGAGAUAGCUGUAAUGGCUUUGAUGAAUGGCUUGGUUGAUUCUGAUUUCAAGCGUUACCUCACAAGAAAAAAUUUGCUGACGUUGGCAGCAGCAUUUAACAAGGCCCAUGGCUACAUUAAAAGUGAAGAGUUGAUGAGGACAAGUAGCAGAAAUAUGGUUGUCGGAAGAGGGCAAAGUCAGCACGAAGGAUCAUCCUCGGGAAGUGUAAGGCCGAGAGCCUCUGCCCCAGGAAGAGGGGGGGAAACCGGCAGGAUUCAAGGGCGUCAAGGCCACCAAUGA